GUUAUUGGCUCGAAAUUCAAAAUAGCAUCAGCUGACGUCUGCAGGUGCUUUGUAUUUCAAACGGGUGCAACCAGAAGGUCAGCGAUAUGGUGAUGGAUAACAAGGUUGCCUACUUUCUCAACAGCUGUGACGCCGACACAAUUAGCAAAUAUAUCAACUGUCUGAAGACAAAGAUAUUUGCUAAAAGAAGUAACUCGGACACAGAAACGAGAUCAUGUGUGGUGGUAGACUGUGGAAGUGGUCAUGAAGGGACUGUUAAUUUAGCCCAGUAUUACAUGUCCCUCUGUCGCAAAUACGGACUUCUCCCAAAUGAACGAACAACGCUGCUGUCCAGUGUAGACCAGAUAAUAGCAUUACAGCUCUGUCUGGCAGAGAAAAAUAAGCAGGGGAAUGGAGAGUUUGAAGUGGAGACCAGCACUGUGAUACAAGCCAACAAAGAUAUAGUGAAACACAAACUUUCUCUAGUCAAGUCUGCUCAGGAGUGUGCUGGACAGAGUCGUCUCCCCUCCAUGGAGACUGAUGAAGUGUACCCAGUAGGAGACGAAAUAAAACAGGAAUACCAAGCAUUCCUUAAACACUGUAACUACAUCGACAUGUGUGAAGUACUACUAGCUGUGUGUGAGGCGUGUCACAGCAACCAAAGUCUCCAGGCUGAACUUAGUGUAACAGAUAUCAUCAUCAUAGGCCUUCCCAGAAACCAAACAGAGAGAGCAAUGGUUGAGUACCUUUGUGAGGGGCGUUUGACAAAGAACAUCACAUUAGAGGUUUCCCUGGAGAUAGAUGAGGGGACAGAUGUUAAAGAAGAUGACAUCAAUGUCCUCUACAGUGAUGUAACUAUUCAAGAGGCUCUAGGGGAAAGUGGUGCAGACAAGAGCUUCUUCCAACCUACACCUGCAUCAGGCCAGCCCAGAUCUCUCACAGAGUCCUACAUACAGCUAGUGUAUGGGUCGUACCUGGAACUCCUGGUGAACUCUCGUGCAGAGCUGGCCUUAGCUCGUUCUCUCAACACACCAGAAAGGGAGCUAACUCAUCAGGCUUUCACUGACAUCAAACAUGCAUCUCAGGCAAAGAACAUGACCAUGUAUCAGACCGCUGUAUCCUAUGUGAUGAAGAUCCGCCUUGGAGGUAAGGGGUACGCCCCAGACCCCAAUAGUCCCCUGGCUCAGCAUGUCAAGGGUCUUGGCGAGUUUGUCUCUCUAAUUCAUAAACUACAGACAGUCAUAGAGGAGGAAACUGAUAAAAGAGUAUCCUGUCGUAAAGUAUUAAACAUCAUCAAGAAGGAGAUCAUCAAAUGUCGUGAGAAUCGCCUCCGUAUCAGCAAUGUUGAGUCUGUGUGUGAAAAGCUCCAAAAAGAGGUGGUCCGUGUCAUUAACAUGUUUGAAUCAUCUGUCUCCAGUUCCCCAGAUAAAGCUGUAAGGGAUGGGGGAUCUGCUGUGGGUAGACACACUCUCAAGGUACUGCGAUAUAUUGUCGACAAACUGGUGUCGGGGAUGGAUGAUUUCAAAGUGCAGACACUUGACUUCCUGUGUGAUGGAUUCUCUAGUCAAAGAACACCUGUACACUUCCCCUGUAUCAUGUCACAGUUCAGGUCCCCUGAUGAGUACCUUGACAGUCCUGAUGACCCGUACAAUAAGAGUCUGUCUGACCGCCUGCUGUCUCAGCGAUCAUCAGAGACACCAAUCCACCAGAAGCGAUACAAGUCCUGCAUGGCCUGGGCUAACCCCACACAUAAUGAGGAUAUCAAGGGACAGAACAUUAUACUCACACAGUCCGAGGUCACACUCGUCCCAAGCAAAACCAUUGUACACCCUGGAAAACACACAAACCAGGAGCUGGGAGUUGCCAAUCGCAUAGCAGAGACCAUCAAUGAUCAGGAGAAUGUACCCAGUACCGCUAUAGAGGUCAAAGAGGUAUCAGGUCAAGGUCAGGAUGAAUCAAAGGUCAACAAAGCAAAAGUCAACAAAACCACUAAAGUGACCAAAAAGAUUCCUGUCAAAGGACAGAAGCGCCCCCUUGUGUCAGGAGAUUCUCCCCCAAGAGCCAACAAGAAAACGAAAACAGAGAGCAAAACAUGUCGCAGGAAACUUCUUCCACAGGUCAAAGGUCAACAGCAAUUAACAAAGUUCUUCCGAGUAUGAUUAUUGGCAAGUGGUUGUGGGUUUUUUCAUAGAUUAGUGUAACUUAAGUAAUUUAACU